AUGAAGGCCACCACCUUGGCAACCUUUGCCUUGUCGGCGCUCCUUCAUGGCGUGUCCGCUAAGGAAAUUGCGCCCAGCGAGCUUGUCUCCGAGAUCUAUGACAGUGGCGUUAUCCACAAGGACCUCAUGGCCCGUAAAAAGGCAUCAUGGGAUCGUCAGAUUGCAACCGGAGAGAUGGAUUCCACCGCGUACCGCAGUCGCUUGGCUGAAGAAGGCCCCGUCUCUUGUGUGAACGGUGUUGCUGAGGUCGUCCCCGGCGACGCCAACAACACUUUCAAAUGCGACAGAAUUGACUUCUACGACUUCAAGAGCCAUUCCGAUCUCGGCUCUCGUGCUGGCCAGGGAUCUUCCUCUUGGGGUUGGACAAGCCCUGACGGCCGAGAGAUCGCCAUCAUUGCUCAGGCUGAUGGUGCUGCCUUUGCAGAAAUUACGAAGGAUGGCAAGCUUGUCUACCUCGGUCGCCUUCCCCAAUACUCUACCCAGUCUAUCUGGCGUGAAUUGCGUGGUUACAAGAACUACGUCGUUAUUGGCAGUGAAGCCGCCCGUCAUGGUGUUCAAAUUUUUGACCUGAACAAAGUUUUGGCCAUUGACCCUGCCAAGCCCGUCACCUUUGACGCUAAGAAGGAUCUCACCUCUUGGUGGAACGGCCUUCCUGCUGGUUCCACUCACAAUAUUGUCAUCAAUGAGGAGAAGCAGUAUGCAGUUGCCGUUGGCGCUCAGCCUCGUUCCAGCGCAUGCCGCUCGGGUCUUAUUUUCAUCGAUCUCAGCGACCCCGCCAACCCAACAUCUCCCGGUUGUGCUAGCGGUGACGGCUAUGUUCACGAUGCGCAGUGCCUUGUCUACCGCGGUCCUGAUGAGAAGUACUUCGGUCGUGAUAUUUGCUACGGCUACAACGAGGACACUUUGACCAUCUACGACGUCACCGAGAAGAACACCACCAAAAUUAUUUCUCGUACCUCUUAUGAGGGUGCAAGCUACACUCACCAAGGUUGGGUCACCAACACCGAGUGGCAGGAGUACCUGGUUCUCGAUGACGAAUACGAUGAGGUCGAUGCCACCGGACCCGCCGCCAGCGGUUACCCUAUCACAUAUUUCUGGGACAUUCGCUCGCUCGAGGCCCCCAAGCAAACUGGUUUCUACAAGAGCCCUGCCUAUGGUAUCGACCACAACCAGUUCGUUAUUGACGGCCUCGCCUACCAGAGCCACUAUGGUGCUGGUCUCCGCAUCCUUGAUGUCUCUUCCUUGCCCGAAGACCCCACCGGUUCCAAGGUCAGCGAAAUCGGUUUCUUCGACAUCUACCCCGAGAACGACAACGAGCCUAAUGGCGGAUCCAUUGACUUCGUUGGAACCUGGAGCCACUACCCCUACUUCAAGAGCGGCUACAUCUUGGUUAACACCAUUGAGCGUGGUGCUUUUGUUGUCAAGCGUUCUGCUUAG